UGUAUUUAAGAGGUGACCUGUUCUUCAUCUCCUCACAGAAAAGCUGAAGCUACAAGAAGAAGACAUCAUAAUCCAUUCAUCACUUUGACUACCUGCAUCAAACUCAGCCAUGAAGAUGCUGACCGUGUUGCUACUUGUCUGUGCCGCGACGGCCCUGACUGAUGCUGCUGAAGCUGAUGUAAUGGCAGAGGAUUGUCCCAGUGGUUGGACUCAGUACAGCGGUCGCUGUUUCCUCUACGUUCCAACAGCAAUGCGUUGGGGCGAGGCUGAGAGGAACUGUCAGUCUCAAGGUGGAAACCUCGCAUCAGUGCACAGCUACAAUGAGUAUCACUUUAUUCAGGGAAUGAUAACGAGUCAGACUAGAGAGUAUCCAGAAACAUGGAUUGGAGGCUCAGACGCACUGGAGCGUACUUGGCUGUGGAGCGAUGGUUCAUAUUUCAUCUUUUCCAACUGGUGUCGAGGACAGCCUGACAACCUGUUCAACCAGGACUGUCUGCUGAUGAACUUUACUGGUAAGUCAAGUAAAACUUUUGGUUUAACUCUUCAGGUUGUUUUGAUGAAAUGAGUGCAUGUAUUCCCAAAAGGUUUCUGAGGCAGAAAUUAACUAUUUUGAAGAUACAGAAGACUAACUGUUGUCUGAAUACAGAGCAGCCAAAAAUAAAACUCAUGGACGUUUACGUGGACGGGACGGCCGGCUCCUCCCCUUGUGUAUAAAAGCUGUUUUAGUCA